AUGACAAUACUUGAUCGACUUCAGAGUUUGGCGUCAUGGAGUCUUUUAUUCUUGGCAGCUUGUUCAGCGGUACAAGCUCAGAAUUGUGAUGUGGAUGAGAGACAGCCAACUGUCUGGUUGGGUGAUGAGGAUGAUGCAAAUUUCUGUCAAGGCAGCGCCGAGCAGUGUGCUCACUUCGGUCUUGAUUUCGUCUGUGAGGAUCCGAAUGGAGGAUCACUUGGACCUUGUGUCAAUGGCACCAAAGUGAAGUGUGCGUCACCACCUGCUGUCCCUCUGGAUGACCCCACUCCUGCCACCACUAUAAGAGUUCUUGCCUAUAACGUCUACGAGCUACGCUAUCUAUAUUGGCAGAAUGGUCAACGAGAACGGACCUGCCGUAUUCCACAUGAAGUGUUCAGUUUGCAUCCAGAUAUUGACGUCAUCGUGUUCAAUGAAGUCUUCAUGGGAGGUUGCUUUGCCCCUUUCAACGAUACCAUCGAAACAAGCACUCUUACCAUACGUGACAUCAUGGACCAAUAUGGAUUUGUUUAUUACACAGAAACCGUUGGCAUUGGAGAACCUUUCCCAAAAGUUGAGAAUGGUGGAGCAUUCAUUGCUUCUAGGUGGCCAAUUGUUAAGACUGAUUCUCGGGUUUUCAAUGUAGCGGAGCCUUACUCAUUUUUGGCUAAAGGGGUUGUGUACACUAUGAUCAACAAGACUGUAGAUGGACAGAGCGUAAUGUAUCAUGUCUUUGGGACUCACAUGCAAGCAUGGCGAACCCAAGAUGCAGACGAUGUACGGGUUGCUCAGGCAACAAUCAUUCACGACUUCAUGCUGGAGCAGGACAUCGGUGAUGACGAGCCCGUCAUAUAUGGCGGUGACCUCAAUGCCAGACUGAACACAACAAACGGUGAUGACGUCGUCGACGCUCUAGACGCCACACUUGCAAGAAUCAUCGGUGAACUCGACGUCACCUACGAUCACGAGAACAAUGACCUGUUUGACGAAAGUAAUGCUACAAACUGGUGGUUGGACUACGUCUUGUUCAGUCGAUCUCACAUUCAACCUGAAGCUGCUACAACACAAGUCGUAAGACCUCGUAUGUCUACACCCUUAGGGAUUUGCUCCACGGCAAUAUCCCCUAUUCCAAGCUACCCCAAAUCUGAUCUAUGCCUCGAAAGUAAGAACAUUACAGACCUGUCUGAUCACUACGCCGUUUUGGGUACUUAUCAUUACAAUAUGAACUCUCCUCCCCCCACGGACCAUCCGACCACGACUUACUCUGGUGUCGGUCAUUGUAUCCGCAACAAUGUACUGGUAGCAUUGAGCGUCAUGGUAGGGCUAAUUCUGAUAUUCUAACUCAAAGAUCUAAUCCUUUCUUCUUGAAGAUGAUUAAUUAAAUUAAAAUCAGAAUUUUGAUUUUAAUACAUC